UUCCGAGGAGCCACCCCCCCAAGGCAAAGGCUAUUGUGGACAUGGCCCAUGCGGCAGUGGCGGUAGCGCCGCUGCGGCACUCGUCAUGGCCGCGGCUCUCCUCCCUCUUCUCCUCCGGGAAGCACCGACAGCACCUCUUCUUCUCUGUCGCCCGCUCCCUCAGGCCUCUCGCCCCUCAGGCGCCCGAGGGCGACGGGGACGGCGAACCGGACGCGCCCGCGGUCAGGAAGAGCCGGAACGAGCUGAAGCGGGAGGCCCGCCGCGCCGUCAAGUGGGGCAUGGAGCUCGCCAGCUUCUCCAACCCGCAGAUCAAGCGCGUGCUUAGAAUUGCCUCUCUUGAGCGUGAGGUCUUCGACGCCCUAAUUCUAGUGAAGAGAUUAGGUCCUGAUGUUCGCGAAGGGAGGAGGAGGCAAUUCAAUUACAUUGGACGACUUUUGCGGCAAGCACAACCUGAUUUGAUGGAUGCUCUAAUUCAAGCUUCUAAAGAUGGUGACAAUGAUAGUUUGCUAGCUUUGGCUGGUCCACAGACAUUGUCUGAUGAAAACGAUGAAGAGGAAGAAGAAGACACAUAUGGGGAAGAGGCUGUCUAUGAUACAUGGGCCUCCGUUGAGGUAUCUGAAAACCAUGCAGAAAUAGCUGCCAAGUGGUUUGAUGGCCUUGUUGAUAAAGAUGCUUUAAUCACAAAGGAAGUGUAUUCAAUUCACAAUGUUGAGUUUGAUCGUCAGGAACUGCGAAAACUUGUUCGAAGAGUACAAUCAAUUCGAGAAGGCAUUCUGGUUGAUGAAAGUGGGGUGGGAUAUGAUGCUAUGUUAACCAGUGCAAAGAAGCCUCUCAUUCGUUUUCUAUGUUCGCUGGCCAAGAAAACAUUGGCUGCAUAAAGGUCAAAUGUAACUGUAACACUUCCAAAGAUGGAUGGAUGGAGAGAAAGUUACUACUAUUGCUGUCAUCUCUUGGCAACAAAAUAUAAUCUUUUAAAACUGUCAAAGCUUCAGUUUAUGCCAUCACAACUCAAUGGUGUGGAUAACAUUGGCAAUCAAAGAAAACAGGGUUAGACCUUGCCAAAGGUAUUCUUUCCAUUUUGUGGAAUUCCCAACUUUUUGGCUGAUGAUGACUCUUUGGCGCUCAGCUCUGUUGGAAUCUGUUUUCUCAUAUUGGUAUGACCCCCAAGUACAAUAGACUCUGGUUGAUAGAAAAAGUAUGUAUUUAUCACAAGAAAAGCUUCUUUUCAGUAUUCAUCAUGCGGCAGUUCGAACAUUUGACAUGGCUCUCGACAGUUUUUAUCUAAUAAUUGAAUCCAAACAAGGAUUGUUCAUGGUUAACAAGAAUGUUCAUGACUGUGUAGUAGGCACAAACAGGCGACACUGUGUGAAGAACAUGGAGGUGUCAAUACUCAAGUGGUUUCUCCUUUUAUGGUUAGAGUCUUGGAUAUCAUGCAAUGCUAAAUGUGUAUUACAACUCAAGUGGUUUCUCCUUUUAUGGUUAGAGUCUUAGAUAUCAUGCAAUGCUAAAUGUGUAUUACAACUACCAAAGGCAUGUGAUGAAUUCUGGACUA